AUGUCGUCGCUGGAACAGAGACUCUCCCGAAUCGAGGAGAAAUUGAAGCAAGAAAAUAAAGAAGCCCGUAGACGAAUUGACCUCAAUAUAGACAUGAGUCCACAACGUUCGCGCCCAAGGCCAACUCUGCAGUUGCCACUGGCCAAUGACGGAGGGAGUCGUUCUUCAUCCUCUGAGAGUUCACCUCAGCACCACACCUAUCCCAGCAGACCUCGCCAUAUGCUCACGCUGCCCACGCCGCCCUACGGCCUGCAGAAAAGUUUGGAAAAUGCGGAGAUUGACCAGAAACUACAGGAGAUCAUGAAACAGACGGGUUAUUUGAAGAUUGACGGACAGCGGUAUCCGGCUGAAGUGACAGACCUGAUCAAUGAGGGGGAGAUUGGCAGCGGAACCUGCGGUCAGGUGUUUAAAGUCCGCUUUAAGAAGACCGGUCAUGUCAUCGCGGUCAAGCAAAUGAGGAGAACGGGUAACAAGGAUGAGAACAAGAGGAUUCUAAUGGAUCUGGACGUGGUUCUCAAGAGCCAUGACUGCCCAUACAUCAUCCAGUGCUAUGGCGCUAUAGUCACCAACACGGAUGUGUUCAUCGCUAUGGAGCUGAUGGGAACGUGCGCUGAGAAGCUGAAGAAGAGGAUCCAGGGACCCAUUCCUGAGUACAUUCUGGGAAAGAUGACUGUGGCAAUAGUGAAGGCGUUGCUGUACCUCAAAGAGAAGCAUGGUGUGAUCCACAGAGACGUGAAGCCCUCAAAUAUCCUGCUUGAUGCUAAAGGCCAGAUCAAACUGUGCGACUUUGGCAUCAGCGGACGCCUGGUCGACUCCAAGGCUAAGACUCGCAGCGCUGGCUGCGCAGCUUACAUGGCCCCUGAAAGAAUAGAUCCUCCGGAUCCCAGUAAGCCGGACUAUGACAUCAGAGCUGACGUGUGGAGCCUGGGUAUCUCUCUGGUGGAGCUAGCUACAGGGCAGUUCCCUUAUAAGAACUGCAAGACAGAUUUUGAGGUUCUGACCAAAGUGCUGCAGGAGGACCCGCCCCUGCUCCCUCUCAGCAUGGGCUUCUCCCUGGACUUCCAGUCCUUCGUCAAAGACUGUCUCACAAAGGAUCACAGAAAAAGGCCAAAAUACCAUAAGCUGCUUGAACACAGUUUCAUCCGGCGCUAUGAGGUAAAGGAGGUGGACGUGGCCGGCUGGUUCCAGACGGUGAUGGAGCGAACCGAGUCUCCGCGCAGUAGUCAGUGUUACAGCCAACACCAGCUCCACUCUCUCUUCAGCAGGUAG